AUGCUGCACAAAUACCUUCUUCUGCCGCUUUUGGCGUCUUAUGGUGCCGCUGUCACUAUUUCUGUAGCGAAAUCUGGAGGCAAUGCCACAUCAGGUCUACAAUAUGGUGCUAUGGAAGAGGAAAUCAACCACUGUGCCGAGGGGGGUCUAUAUGCUGAAUUGAUCCGCAACAGAGCGUUCCAGGGGAGUCCGAAGUUCCCUUCGUCACUAGAGGCCUGGUCUAGUGUUGGGGGCUCAUCACUGGCCCUGAAGAAUCUCACUGACCCACUGUCAACUGCCCUUCCAACUUCAGUCAAUGUCAAGGGUACUGGCACAGCUGGUUUGACCAAUGCGGGAUUCUGGGGAAUUGACGUCCGCCCCCAGAAGUAUACUGGGUCGUUCUAUGUGAAAGGCGCUUACAAAGGCUCCUUCACUGCCUCUCUCCUUUCUUCUAGCGGCAAAGUUUUGGCCACUACCAAAGUUGCCUCAAAGAGCGUUGCAAACGAUUGGGUCCAACACGAGUUUGUUCUUACUCCCAAAGCAAAGGCUUCUGAUACUAAGAAUAAGUUCUCGCUUACCUUCGAUGGCUCGAAAGCAUCGGGUGGCUCGCUUGAUUUCAAUCUGAUUAGCUUAUUCCCACCCACAUGGAAUGAUCGCCCCAAUGGUAUGCGAAAAGACUUGAUGCAAGCCAUGGCUGAUAUGGGUCCGACAUUCCUUCGCUUCCCUGGUGGUAACAAUCUUGAGGGUGAUAGCAUCGAGGGCCGCUGGAAGUGGAACGAGACCAUUGGGCCACUCAAAGACCGACCUGGUCGUGCAACCACCUGGCAAUACCAAGAGACCCUUGGAUUGGGUUUGAUUGAGUACAUGGAGUGGUGCGACGAUCUUGGCAUGGAACCUAUCCUGGCGGUCUAUGCUGGACUUGCUCUGAACGGAGAUGUUGUCCCGGAGGCCGACCUGGAUUUCUAUGUCCAAGAUGCACUCAACGAGAUCGAGUUCUUGACCGGCUCUGUGGACACCGAAUACGGUGCUCUACGCGCUAAGGUUGGACACCCAGAACCGUGGACAAUUCGGUAUGUUGAGGUUGGAAACGAGGAUAUGCUGAGCAACGGCCUUGCUACGUACAAGUCCUACCGGUUCUCGGCAUUCUACAAGGCUAUCACGGCCAAGUACCCCGAUAUCCAGGUCCUUGCGUCUACUAUCGAUAUGACAAUUCCUGGUACUGCUGGUGGUGAUUACCAUUUGUAUGAUACCCCGGAUAACUUCGUCAGCAAGUUCAACAUGUUUGACAGUUUCACGCGGGAGCAUCCUAUCUUGCUCGGUGAGAUUGCCGCUACUUCGCCAUUAAAUGGACAGAAUAUCGACUGGAGUGAUACCCAUUUCUCUUUGUAUCCUUGGUGGAUCGGCUCCGUUGCCGAGGCUGUGUUCCUUAUUGGCGCCGAACGCAACGCAGACAAGAUUAUUGGGACUACCUACGCUCCUUUCUUGAUGAACUUGGACAGCUACCAAUGGUCCCCGACCAUCCUCUCCUUCAAUUCUGAUCCCGACCAGACAGCUCGUUCUACCAGCUGGCACGUGUGGAGCUUAUUCAACCACAACAUUAUGACAAACACCCUCCCAGCCACAUCCUCCGACGCCUUCGGUCCUCUGUACUAUGCGACAGGUCUAAACAGCAAGACCAACUCGCACAUCUUCAAGGCAGCAGUAUAUAACAGCACAUCUGAUGUGCCCGUGUCACUGACAUUCGACGGUGUUGGCCGUGGCACCAAGGCGGACUUGACCAUCCUGACUGCGCCGGAUCCAUUUUCAAUGAACGAGGUGGGCGGGGCAAACAUUGUCAACAGCAAGACUACCCAGAUUAAGGCUGGCAAGAAGGGCGAGUUCUCUUUCAAGCUGCCAAAUCUGAGUAUUGCGGUGCUCACUACCAAUUAA